UAUAGUAGUGGUGCAUGUUUGGCUGUGUUGCAACAGUGAGGUGGAAUUGGCUGGACCAUCAAUUCGGCCAGCCAGAACAUUAGCUAGCCCCUCUUAGGUCUUCCAUCGGUCGAUCUCCCAAUCCACAGGGCGUGAAUGUAUGAAAGGCUCUUGCCAUGUGAGAGCUUUAUGCAUCCAUCCAUCCAUGCACACACGCCAUCAAACCUCGCCAUUGCCAUUGCUAUUAGGUACGUUGGUGUAGUCGCGCCAACGUCGAAUGAGCUAUAAUUAUCGUCUAUCCCGGCUAUAAAUCUCGAUCUCCCUGCACACUGUGUGUGUGCAUGAUCUCAUCGUCUUCUCCUCCAGCUCGAUCGAUAGAUAGAUAGUUCGAGCUAAACUGAUUGAUCUUGCCACGAAAAUUUCUUUGGUUGUUAGUUGUUCGGGAGAUGAUGAAGAGGAUGGUAAUCUUGAGGCGGUGCGAGCCGCCGCCGCCGCAGCCUGCGGCGGCGGUGGUGGCGGCGAUGGGAGGUUGCUGCGGGAGGGUGAGGUACGGCGAGUGCAGGCGGAACCACGCGGCGAGGAUGGGCGGCCACGCGGUGGACGGGUGCCGCGAGUUCCUCGCCGAGGGGGAGGAGGGCACCGGCGGCGCGCUCCGGUGCGCCGCGUGCGGAUGCCACCGCAGCUUCCACCGCCGGGUGGUGGUGGUGCAGCAAUGCUGCGCCUGCGACACCGCGGCGGCGGCGGCGGCAGCCGGGGGAUGGGAGUGGCGGGACUGCUCGCCGGAGUCGUCCUCCUCGGCGUCCAGCACCACGGCCAGCUAGCAAGAAAGAGAUCAAUUCGUGCGGCGCGGCGGCGGCGGCGGCGGCGACCAGCAUGUCACGCUUCGUCCAUGGCGAGAUCUCUCGAUCAUCACCAGGUGUUCGACUGCAUCAUAUUCAUAUCCAUCCAUGAAACUUGUUGUCUCCUCGAUCGUCGAUCUCCUUUUGCACGCUGAAUUUGUUACUGCCGCCUCUUGUGUUCUUCUCUGACUGGGCUAGCUAGUGAGUGAUGAGCGUAUGAUUACAUCCUUACUUAUUAUUAUUGUUUCUCAUAAUUUAGUCUACUGCUACUGGUUAUAUUGAUUUAAUUGUACGUAACUACUCCCUAUUAUCAAGUCAUCUCUCUCGCUCUGUGUUGAUCUGUA